CAGACGGGCGCUAAUGCGACGCCAUUGAGUUAGCAGGUGUUCAACGUGCAGUUUUGUCUUUUAAUUUGUAUUGGCGCUGAAACUGUAUUUAGUUAGCAAUGUGUACGAAAAUGAGAACAUUUCAUCCUUUGGCUAAAGGAGAACUGAAAACGGAGGGGUUUACAGUGAAAUCCACCAUGAAGAAUUCAGUGGUGGUGGGCCCUCCAGCCGCAGGGGCUUUCAGAGAGAGGCCGGCUAAACCCACAGCCUUCCGUAAGUUCUAUGAGCGAGGAGACUUUCCCAUCGCACUGGAACAUGACUCUAAAGGCAACCGCAUUGCGUGGAAGGUGGAGAUCGAAAAACUGGACUACCAUCACUACCUCCCCCUGUUCUUUGACGGACUGUGCGAGACAAUUCACCCCUACGAGUUCUUCGCUCGACAGGGCAUCCAUGACAUGCUGGAGCACGGUGGCAGUAAGAUCCUGCCUGUUAUUCCACAGCUCAUCAUACCCAUUAAGAAUGCUCUCAACACAAGGAGCAGGCAGGUCAUCUGCACCACGCUGAAGGUUCUGCAGCACCUGGUUGUUUCAGCAGAUAUGGUGGGUGAGGCACUGGUCCCAUACUACAGACAGAUACUUCCCAUCCUGAACAUCUUCAAGAACAUGAACAAAAACUCGGGUGACGGAAUCGACUACAGCCAGCAGAAGAGGGAGAACAUCGGAGACCUGAUUCAGGAGACGCUGGAGGUGUUUGAACGCUAUGGGGGCGAGGACGCCUUCAUCAACAUCAAAUACAUGGUGCCCACCUACGAGUCCUGCCUUCUCAACUAAUUGGAAUGGAAAACUCAAUCAGAAACACAGUCUUAUACAAACAUAAACAUACCCACCUUAUGUUACAAACCUAAUUUUGGACUUCAUUAAAGUCAUAAUGCAGAUGUUAUGAGUCUGUGCACAAUGGCUGUCUGUAUCAGAGAAGACACACACACAGCUUCCUGUGAAGAUAAACAGACAGGUCGCUCAGGGGUCAAUAAAUCUCUCGGUUGCAACUAACCUGCAUCUCAUUUUUAUUUAGUUAGGAUUUAUCUAAAGAGAAAGCCAGAGAAUGCCCACAUAUUCAAUACUAGCUGGCUACAGGUACUGGAAACAGUGUUUUGAAUGUAACUAUAUCAUGAUGAUCUAUAUUUGGAGCAUAUAUAUAUAUAUAUAUAUAUAUCUGAUUUAAAUAAUUUCAACCACAUUCAAAACUUUUACUUGAAUCCAAAAAAUCUUGCCAGGGCAAUCUCUUCCAAUCACACAGAUAAUUUUCAGAAGGUCACUGAUCUAAUCUUUCCUCAUAUAAUGAACAUUUUCUUGCUUUUUCUUCCAAUUUUCUCAGUGGUUUCUGGAAAAAAAAGAAGAAAUAUUGAGACUCCCCUCUGGCUGUUCACUCACCUUCCAACAUGAAGCACAUGAAAUCUCUCUUCUUUUUCUUUUUACUUGUUUUUAUCCUUCUAUCUAUUCUACCAGGAGUGUAGCAGAUAUUGUAUCUGAGAAUAAAUUUGCUCCCCUAAUAACAAUAAUGCAUAUUUCCUCUUUGGCUGGAGUUCAUGUACCAAUGUUCAUCUUUCAGCGAAUCAGACCGAUCAUCCCUUUUA